AUGAAUAGAAGAAAUAAUAAACCAAUUGAACAAAAAAAAGGGGCACAUAUAUUUAAAAAUUUGGAUUUAAAAGAAAAGACAGAUAUUUCAAAAAGUUCAAACAAGCAGGUUAAUUCCAUAAUCCCAAAAUUACAAAAAAAUAAAAAUUCAUUGAUUAACGCUCCUAAUGAAAAUGAUAAAACUUCUGCUUUUAGUAAUAACAUAUAUACUUAUAAUAUUUAUGAUAAGGAAAGAGAUAUAAAACCCCCAAGCCAACAAAAUAUAAAUCCAAACCAACAAAAUAAAAAUACUAUUUCCAAUGAUACAUUGAAAAAUACAAUAAAGUCAAAUGGCAAAUUAACUAGUGCUUCUAACAAAUAUACACUAAAAACAAAAAAUUUAUUAAGCGAAAAAAAUAUCACAAAUAAAGAUUCAUAUAUUUCCUCGGGAAAUGUGAAAAAUAAAUAUAAUCAGGCAGAGAAAAAUCAAAUAAAAAAAAAAAAUAUAUCCACUAUAAAUAUAAAAGGUGCUAGCCAAUAUUCAAAUAAUGCAAAUAAAAAUAUUCAAGGCACAAAUUUAUUACAUCAAAAAAAAUCACAAAAUACAAUAAAUGAUAUUACUUCUACUAAUAUAACGAUUAUUCAUGAAAAUGAAGUAAAUAAACCAAAUCUCGAAAAAAAAAAAAUAAUAAUCAACCAUCCUGUAGAAAUAUUAGACAAGAAUAAUGAUAAAAACAAUUUCGAUCCAAUAAGAAAAAAAAAUAAUGAUGACAAAUACCCUAGUCAUUCAACUGUGAAUUAUAAAAUCGAAAAAAAAUUAUUAAAAGAAAAUAUUUUUAAUAAGAAUGUAUCUUCUAUUAUGAAAGAAAAAUCAAUUAAGAUAAAAUCCAAUAUAAUCAACAAUCCAGAAAAUGAGACAGACAAAAUAAAAACAUCUAUAUACAAAAAAAUUGUAAUAAAUAACAACAUAUUGAAAAAAAAACAAGAAACCAAUAGUUUAAUUACUGAUAAAAAAAACAACGAUUCACAAAAUAAUAAAAAAUUUAAGAGAAUUAUUCCAUAUAACCUUCCUUCUACAAAAAAAAAUAAAAAUGAAAAUAUCGAAACAUGUAUAACUGUGGCAUAUCCUAUAUCAUCUAAUAUUAUAUAUAAUAAUAAGGAAAAUAUAAAAAAAAUAAAUGAGAUAAAUACAAAAAUUAAUUCAUUAUCGAUUCCCAUAAGUUUUAAUUCUAUAGAAAAUUCAUUUAUUAAAAAUGAUAAGAUGUCUACUAAUAUAGGUUCAAAACCUGUUUCAUUUAAUUAUAACAAUUUAAGUUAUAUACAAAAAACAGCAAUACAUCCAAAGGAAUCAUCUGUUAUGAAUAUAAAAAAUGGACAAAAAAUUUUGAAUAAAUCGAAUAUUAGAAAUGUGAAUAUUAGUGAAAAAAUUCAAACAAAAUCAACCAAUUAUUAUCCUAGAAAUGGAAUAAAACCCUUAAUAAUUAAAAAUAAAAAUAAGAAGAAUGAAAAUAGCAAGCAUACUGAUCAAAUAGAAAAAAAAAAAGAGGUAACAGACAAAACAGAAGUUUAUAUCAAUAAAAAUACUAAAAAUAACGAAAAUGAUAAUCUAAAUAAAAAAUUUAUUUGUAAAAUUACAAAUAAAAAAAGUUAUAUAUCAGUAAAAAAUAUAAAAAUGGAAAAUAAUUCAAAUAUUACAAUUAACAAUUCUUCUGAAAAAAAUAAUUUGAAUACACAUACUAAUCAGGAAAACAUUUUAAAAAUGGACAAUAGUGAGCUUGUAAAUCAAAAAACGGGUUUUCUUUUUCCUGAAACCAUAGAAACACUCAAAGAAAUUCACAUACAUCAUAAAAUAAAUUUGAAUAAUUCCAAAGAUAAUAAUUUAUUUUCCUUACAAUAUAAAAAUAACAAUAUAAUUGAAGGAAAUGAUGAAUUUUGUCAUUUACCAAAUCAAGGCUUUUAUCCAAAAGACAAUACAAAAAAUAAAAAUUUUAAUAAUUCUAAUAAUUGUAGAUUUAUUAAUCAUAGUAUAAAUAAAACUAAUAAUAUGCCUGGCAAAUUUUCGGAUAAUGCAUUUUAUCAGUCUAUAUCUAAUAUGCCUCAAAUGAAACAGUCAUAUGAUAAUAUAACGCCAGUAAUGAAUUCAACAGAUGUAAAUAUUCAAACUAAUUUGGGAAAAUAUUAUGACGACAAUAAAUAUAUUGAGCAUUUUAAUAAUAUUGAAAGUGAGAAUUAUAACAAUAACACCAUUGUUGAAAGUAGUGGUAUAUGUCAAGAUGGUGAUAAAAUACUCAUUACUGUUAAACCGAUGGAUUCUACAGAUUCUAUUAUCACAUCUAAUAUAGAAAAUGGUUUUCAUGGAAUAAAUUGCCAAAAUUAUAUAUUAAGAAAAAAUUUUAACCCUGAUUCAAAAGAAUAUAAUUUAUUACAAACAAAUAAAAUGAAUAAUACAAUGUUAAACCCAAAACAUGAAUCAGUGCAAAUCGGAUUAAAAUUUGAUGAAAUGAAAAGAAGAAGCUUCGAAAAUUUUAAUUAUAAUACACAAGUUGAAAAUAACUUAUCAAAAAACAACAAAGACAUGUUAAGUAAAACUAUAGUAAAAAAUUAUAACACAAAAAAACAAAAAUCGAGAAAUACCAUUGAAUUGAUUCAAAAUGAAGAUAAAUCAGGACUCUUAAAAAAAAGAAAAUUAAGUUAUAAUGUAGACACACAUCAAAAUAGUGAACAAAGAACAUCCUCAUUUUUCAAAAAAACUGCAAAUCCUAAACCCACAAUUUUAUUCAAUCCAUCUAUUCGAAAUAUUAUAGAAAAAGUUGUUGGCAAACAUCUGAUCCUAAAACAAAAUAUACUAAAUUAUAAAAAUGCAAACAAAAAGGAAAAUACAAUAAAGUUAAAUAAUCAACAAUUAAAUAAUAAUAAUAAUAACUUUAACGUAAAAAAUAUAUAUAAUCGACUAAAACAAAGAAAUACCUUCAAUCCAUUAAACAAUAUCAAUUUAACUAAAUCACCUUUUAUCAAAACUCAAUACAGUCAUAUUUCUAAUAAGAUAAAUACAGGAAAUGAAUUAUCACAAAAUUCGAAAAAUAAAGAUAAUAUGUCAGUGAACAUUUUAUUAAAAAAAUUUCCACCCCAAAAAUUUGAAAUGUCUCCAAAUAUAAAUAAUAUUUUAAAUAUCUGUAAUAAUCAUGAUAAAAAUAAUGUAGACAUAAAAAGUGAAACACAAAAUAGUUAUAUAAAUAACAAUACCAUGCCAACAAAUUUAAAAAAAACAAAUAAUAUAAUAUUUAAUUCUCAAAUAAAAUCAUGUUAUAAAAAAGAUUUAAAUCAUAUUAAUAAUUUUUCAAAAAAUAGACAACCACAAACUAUAAAAUAUGAAAACGAUGGAAAUAAUCUGGAUAGUUGUAUUCCAUUUACAGGACAAGAAUAUCAAAAUAAAAAAGAAAUAAAUAAUGUCGAUAAUAAUAAAAAUCGUUCACAGCUAAAUUAUGGAUAUAGAAAAUUAGAAGAUGUUUCUUCUAUUUUAUUAGAAACUCGCAAAGAUGAAAAUAAAAUAAAUUCAAUGGAUCCAACUGAUGAAUAUAACAACAUAAUUAACAAAUUUAUAAAUAAUGGGAGCUCACAAUAUGGUAAUACGAUUAAUAAUAGUUUUGGAAACAUUGAUAGUAUUUGUAAUUUUUCAAAGUAUUCACAAAUAAACAAAAAAACUUUUCUUUUAUCUGAAGAUAAAGAAAGUAAACCAACCCAGUGCACUAUGACAUGCACAAAAAAUGAGGGUGAGCAAAAUGAGAGUGAACAAAAUGAAAAUGAAAUAUUACACAAUAAUUCUGAAAAAAGUAAUUGUAAAGAAGAAAUAAAUUGCAAUAAAAACCCAAAUCAGAAUAUCGAGGAUAAGGCUUUUAAUUUAUCUGCUAUGCUAAUAGAAAAAAAAUGCAAAGACAAAAAAAUUGAAAAUAUAAAAAUGGAUAAUGAUAAUAAAAUCGAUGAAACAAAGCAAUUUCAGAAUGAACAAAUAGAUGAACAAAAUUUUGAAACAUCGAAAAAAAAAAUAAUAAUUUCCCCAAAAAAAGAAAAUAUCGGAUCAAAAUGUUAUCGAACGAAAACUGAUGAAAAUAAAAAGACCAUCCACGAUGAUACAUAUCCCAUAAGUGGCUGCCAAAAAAAUACAAACGAUAAACAUUCUAAAAAAUACAUCAAUAAUAAAACAUAUUGUUCUGAUUUAAGCCACAAUGAAGAUAUAAUUAGUGGAAAAAAAGCUAGUGAAAAAAAAAUUAGUGAACAUGAAAAAAAUGUCGAUGCUCAAAGAGAAGGUAAACAAAGGAAAAAUUUAGGACCCAAUUCAUUUCAAAUAGUUAAAAAUAAAAUAAUCGAAAAAAAUAAAAUGAAAUGCACAAAUAGCAUUGAUGAAAAAAUUGAGAUUGUAAAAAAAAACAAAAAUAUACAUACCACCUUACUUAGUAUUAAAUCCAAUAAAAACCAAAACUCAAAUUUAAAAAAUUUUGACGAUAACUGUAAUAAAUGGGAAACUAAAACGAUAGCUUCUCCUGAGCAUGUACUAAAUAACAAUUCAAAACAAAACUUAUGGAUAGAAAAUGAUAAUAUAUCCAAACAAAAUGUAUUACUUGAUGAAAAUAUAAAAGAUGAAGAACAAAAAGAAGUACAGCCUAUUAUAUUUAACAAACACGAUCAUAAAAAUAUUCAAAACUUUCAAAAUAAAAAUAGUUUUUUCUUAAAUGAUCAAAUGAAUACAACACAAAAUGUUAUCCAUCAUUUAUCUAAUUUAGAUAAUAUCGAUUUAAAGAAAAAUAUAAAUAACACAAACGCUAAUAAUAAUGAUAACCACAAAUAUAUAGCCACAUCUACACAAUCCGAAUCACAAAAUAGUAUAACCAAAUCACAAAUUGAAGAUAAAAUUUUCAAUAAUACAUGUUUGGAGAAUUAUGAUACUAAAAUAAAAAUGAUAGAUCAUAAAAAAAUAUAUAUUGACAUUACUAGUUAUCCAGAAUUCUUUUCAAAUAAAACAAAAUUAGAUUUUAUUUGGAAUGAUGUAACAUCAAAUGAUAGCAAAGAUAAAGAUGCUCAAAGGGGUAAGGAGUACACACAUACUAUAAAUCAUGAAAAUAAUAAAAAGUGUGAAAACAAAGAAAAUGAUAAAAAUUCGACUAUUUUUCAAAACGAGAAGCAUACAGAAGCAAUAACAUCACAAUCUGAUGACAAUGUAAAUGAAAAUAUUUUUAAAAAUAGGAAAAAAAAAUGGGGAAAAUGUAUUAUGAGUUCAAACGACAAUCUUGAUAUUUCUCUGAAUAAUAAUGACUAUGAUGAAAAUGAAAAAAAUGAAAAAACUGAAGAAGAAUACGAUUAUACUAAUGUUAAUAAUAAAAAUUAUUUAUUUAAUUCAUUUAUUUAUGACGUAAAUAUUAAUAAUGAGGAAUUGAGUAACAUUAUCAAUUGUGAAGAAAAUUAUUUUGAUAUAAAUAAAGAUAAUAAACAAAUAUAUAAUGAUAAUAAUUUACCAAUACAGUUUAGCUCACCAAAUUGCAUUAAAACAACUAAUAAAAGACUAUCCUUAUUUACACCAACAAAUGACGAGAAAACACAUCAUGAAGCUAUUUUGUGUGAUAAAGAAAAUGAUCUAACCCACUUAUUUACUUUUAAUAUUCAAACAGAUUCAAUACAAGGAAAACCAAAUAUAGAAGAAAAUAAUUCUCAAAUUUAUUUAAGUAAUACAAAUAAAAUUGAAUCCAAAAUUGAUCAUAAUAUUUGUCAAGAACAAACUGAAAUCUCAGAUAAUGAUAACACUAACAUGAUUUAUAGGAAAUUAAAAAAUGUUUUUUUUAACAAAAUAAAUAAGUAUGUGAAAAAUGAUUCCCCUAAAAAUACAUCUGUUUAUAUUGCAUCUGAUAACAGUCCUUUUGAACAUACUAUUGAAGAAGUAAAACGAAAAAAAAAAAAUCAAUCCAUUACAUCAAAUAAGAAAUCAAAACCAUCAAUGAUAAGAAAAAAUGUUCGAGCAAAUUCUGACGAGGAUGCAAAUACUAACUUAUAUGAAAAACAUUACAUAAAUAGAAGAAAAAAAAAUGAAUAUGAAAAUAAUACAAAUAGCCAAAAAGAAACUUCCGAUAUCUAUACAAAUGACAUUAUAGAUAUAAAAAUUAAAAAAAAUGAAAUUCCAGAAAAUAGUGAAACAACUAAAACAGACACAGAAAUAGUAACCCAAUUAAAUGAUUCAGAUCAUAUUUCAACGAUUCCUAAUAAUCAAGAUAGUGAUAAUUUUUCAUUAAAAACUUCAAAAACAGUAUCAUUAUAUGAUCAAGUAGAUGGACAUGGUUCUAAUUGUACAGAAUAUAGUUUAUGUCAUGAUACACCAGAAAAUUAUGCUACUAAUAAUGGAAAGGAAAAUAUGGAUGAAAAAAUCGAAAACGAGUUAAUUAUCGAAAAAAAGGAAGUACAUACAAAAUAUUUGGAAAUAGAAGAAUAUACAGCUUAUACUAAAAACAUUUUUGAUAACACAUUUUUUACAAAUAUGGAUGCACAUUCUUAUCAAAAAUCAAUGUACGAAAACAGAUGUAACAAUAACAAUAUAUGUCAGGAAAAUAAUAUUAUAAAAAAAAAUUCAAUAGAUGUAGUAUUAAAAGAUAACGAUAUUAAUGACAAAUCUGAAAAACUAAUUAUUCAAGAAAAAAAUAUAACUGAGAUGGAUACAAAAACAAACUUAUUAUUAAAUAAAAUAAAAGAUAAUAAACUAUCAGAAAAUCUUAUAAAAAAUCGUAUAGAAGCAGAAAAAUUAAAUAAUGAAAUUCCAUACAUAACUAAUAUAUAUAAAGAAAUGCAUAGAUCAUCUGUUAUGCCAUUAAGAAUUGAAGCUUUUCAUUCAUUAGAAGAUAAAAGAUUAAUAUAUGGAAAUCCAGAUUGGCAAAAAUAUUUUUGCCCAUUAUGUGAUCAAAAAUAUUAUCCUCCUAAUGUUUAUGUAAAAAAUUAUAUGCAUUAUUUAAAUGAACAUUGGAACAAUAGAAAAAAUUUAGGUGGUUAUAUAAUAUUUCCUUGUAAAUUAGAGCAUGAUAAUAAUGAAAAGAACCCAUCAGAAACAAAAGUAGAUCCAGGAGUUACAUCUUACAAUGGUUCUAAAAAAUGGAAAAAAAAAAAAAAAAAAAUGAAAAGAAAUACAAGAUUAUAUAUUAAUCCACAUUAUCAUUGCCCAUUAUGUUUACAUUUGCAAUUUAAUGAUUAUGAACUUCUAGUUGAACAUUGCACAAAAUUUCAUAAAUCUACAGGAGCUGAUCCUACAAGAACACUCCCAUCAAAUUUUAUGCACACACCAUUUAUUAAUAACAAUGAUCAUUAUUGUUCUAUAAAAAAAAAUGAAACAGACACAAGUAGUAAUGAUAUAUUAGACUCUGAUCAAUCAGAUAAUAAAAUCAUUUCAGAAUCCAAAAAAAAGGGUGAUCCCUUAUUCCAUGAUCCACCAUCCCAAUCAAAUCUAACACUUGAAUUUAAUAAUUUAAAAAAAAAUAAAAUGAAAAAUCGAAGAAUUAGCAAAGUUGCUUUUUGUGAAGAAAUUCAAGUUCGAGAAUAUGACAUUGAAUUAUCUAAAAUAGAAAAAUUUGGGGCCAGUAUUGGUCCAGUUUUUAAUGAUGAUAAAGAAGAUCCAUCAAAUGUUCGUGUACCUGAAGAUUCCCUGAACCAUCCAUCAUUAUUAAACGAACCAAACGAAUCGAUGGAAUCAUCUAAAUUAAUAGAUGUAAUAAAAUCUGUAGAUGAUCCUUUUCCUAUUUCAGAAAAAUCACUUUCCGAAAAUCGUAACAAUGAUUUUGUAGAAAAUUCGACAUGUAAUAAAAAAGGAAGCGAGGAUAAAAUUAAAGAAUGUGUAAUUCCUCAAAAUAACAAUCAAAAUGAUUCAACAAAUUUAGAAAAAUAUGUAAAGUUAGAUACGAAAACUAAAAAUGAUGAUAAAAUUGACAUAGAUGUAUAUGAUGAUUGUCCAACUUCUAUUAUAUUAAAUAAUAAUAAUAAUAAAUCACAUACUUAUAAAAAAAAUAGAGAACUUUCUAAAAAUGAUGAACAUACUGGAUAUACAAAUAAUACCCAACCCAAAUCUAUACAUUUGGAAAAUGAUGAUGAUAAUAAUAAUUAUACUCAUAUUUCUAAUAACAAAAAUAAUAUACUAAAAAUCGGAUCAACUAUGAUGGAAAAUCAUGCUAAAAAUAAUUGUUUAUUUCGGGAUGAUUCUAAAAUUUUGUUUUUAGAUAAAAAUGAAUCUAAUCAUUAUAAUGAUGAAUGUGUUUUAAAUUCAACAGCAGAUGAAUCAACAAAUGAAACAGAUGAUCAACAAUAUUCAAAUCAAAAUGAUGACAAUAAAACUUUUACUAAUAUAAAUCCUUUUCGUCAAAAAAAUAAAAACAAACAAAAUUUACCCAACAAUAUAUCGAACAAUUCACUUUCUAGUUUAUUAUCCUUAGAGUGCAUAUCUGAUUCAAAAAUUAAUGAUAUUAUUCCAGAUUCUAAAGAUGAAUAUGAAAAAAUAUUACAAAUAAAAGAACAACAUUUUAAUGAAAUUUUAUUAGAAAAUAUAAAAGAGAAUCAAAAAGAACAUACAUUUAAUCAAAAUGAUAAUAAACAAGUUGGUCAAUUUAUAAAAAAACGUAUUGGUAAUAUACACAAAAAUAUUAUAUCAAAAUAUAAACGAAAAAUUAAAAUGUCUACUAUACAAGAUCCAAAACAACGAGAAAUAAAAGAAACAAACUCUUAUUUAAAAAAUAAAUAUUAUGAAAAUAUUUAUAUCCCUCCAAAAAAUAUCAACUUAACUCUGAAUAACAAAAUAGAAAACAUACCGCUCAAAAAGGUUAUACGUACCAAAAAAAAGGAAAAAAUUACAACGCAACGAAUUAAUUGUAGAAAAAGUUCUAGAAAUAAAAAUAAAAUUACACAAUAA